GGAGCCUGGGACCCCCUUCGGGCCCCCGCCCGGACCAAAGUUGCGCACGCGCACUGCGCGCUCGCAGAAAACCAUGACGGACGACACUGCCCCCAACGUGCCUGGAAACUCCGAGGCCCAAAAUGCGCGCAGCAGGAGGCUGUUCUUCGUCUCCCAAAACGAGGGGCAUCCGGGCAUCCUCUUCCCUCAAACUACAGGGAACUCGUCCCACCUUUUCCAUGUAAACUAAGCGGAAACCUAUGGAAAACCAAGCCUAUUGAUUACCUUUCAACUAGGAGGGGUCCACCCAAAUUUUCCACAAAUUUCAGGGGCAUUCGACUCAUCUCGCCCCAGAAGUCAUCUCCACUUUGCAUCCAGGCUGGGGGGGCACCCAUCCCACCUCUUCCCCCAGAGGGGAACAUUUUCUACUGGCUCAUCCCAUUCCCGAACCUGAAGUGCACUUGCCCUGCAUCCCACCGGUUACUGAACUGAUCCUUCAAGCUGAGUGAAAUCUCUCACUGCUUGCUCUGCACGGAAAGGGACCCCUCCCACUGCUCUUCCCAAGUGAGAGCGACACAUCCAAUCCGUGCGAAAACUGAAAGAACGAAGGCCGUUUAGUUCCUAAAUGAAGGAAACCUGGCCAGCCACUGUCUGAAGAAGCUUUCCUGCAACCUGCCCUCAAAGAGGGCGCGGCCUCACCUACUCCAAGCCCAAAGCAAGCCUACCGCCCUGAGGGCCCUCUCGGGGGCGGGGCGCGGGCUUUCCCGCCCUCCUAGCCCCUGAACUAACGGGAUCACCACCGGGCCUUCUGAGUGGCUGGCGCAAGCCCCGCCUCCGGCAGUCGCUCUCCGCGCCCGCCCCCCGAGCCGCCAGGGCCUCGUCUUGGCUCCACCCUCUUCCUCGCCCCCCCCAGCCCCGCCCCUCAGGAGGCGUCCGGCCCGGCCCGGACCAAACAGCAGAGAGAGUUGAGUCGAAGCUGCGGCGAGGCCGGUGGCAGAGCCAUGGCCGGCGGGGACGACCGCGGGGACGGAGAGCCGGCAUCACUAGUGACCGUGAGGGUGCAGUACCUGGAAGACACCGACCCCUUCGCAUGCGCCAACUUCCCGGAGCCGCGCCGGGCCCCCACCUGCACUCUGGACGGGGCACUGCCCCUGGGCGCGCAGAUACCCACGCUGCAUCGCCUGCUCGGGGCGCCGCUCAAGCUAGAGGAUUGUGCCUUGCAAGUGUCUCCCUCUGGAUACUACCUGGAUCCCGAGCUUUCCCUGGAAGAGCAGCGGGAGAUGCUGGAGGGCUUCUAUGAAGAGAUCAGCAAAGGGCGGAAGCCCACACUCAUCCUGCGGACCCAGCUCUCUGUGAGGGUCAGUGCCAUCUUGGAAAAGUUGUAUGGCUCCAGUGGCCCUGAGCUCCGCCGCUCCCUCUUCUCACUGAAGCAGAUCUUCCAGGAAGACAAGGACCUGGUACCUGAAUUCGUGCACUCGGAGGGGCUGAGUUGCCUGAUCCGUGUGGGUGCUGCUGCCGACCACAACUACCAGACCUACAUCCUCCGAGCGCUGGGCCAGCUGAUGCUUUUUGUGGAUGGGAUGCUGGGGGUGGUAGCCCACAGUGAGACCGUGCAGUGGCUGUACACCCUGUGUGCCAGCCUGUCCCGCCUGGUGGUGAAAACGGCCCUGAAGCUGCUGCUGGUGUUUGUGGAAUACGCGGAGAACAAUGCGCCACUCCUCAUCAGGGCUGUCAACUCUGUGGCCAGCAUCACAGGUGCUCUUCCCUGGGCCAAUCUGGUGUCCAUCUUGGAGGAGAAAAAUGGUGCUGACCCAGAGCUCUUGGUGUACACCGUCACCCUCAUCAACAAGACGCUGGCUGCGCUCCCAGACCAGGACUCCUUCUACGACGUGACAGAUGCCCUGGAGCAGCAGGGCAUGGAGGCCCUGGUCCAACGCCUCUUGGGCACGGCGGGCACUGACGUGGACCUGCGCACACAGCUCAUGCUCUACGAGAGCGCUCUGCGGUUGGAGGACGGAGACCUGGAGGAAGCCGCAGCCGCUGCAGCUGCAGGUGGGCGGCGGGAGCGACGGAAGCCAUCUUCAGAGGAGGGCAAGAGGAGCCGCAGAUCUCUGGAAGGCGGGGGCUGUGCUGUGCGUGCCCCGGAACCUGGCCCCACAGGUUCCGCCUCCCCGACAGGCUCCUCCUCCUCCGUCACGAGCCCCGCCCCACUGGCCGGCCCAGCCUCCAGCCCUGUGAGCCCUGUGAGCCCUACCUCUGGCCUCCGUACCUCCAUGAACCUCUUUCCUACCAUUUCUGCGGCGCCGUCAGCCGACAGCUCUAGUGAGAGGAGCGUCUACAAAGCCCGGUUCCUGGAGAAUGUGGCGGCAGCAGAAACAGAGAAGCAGGCUGCACUGGCCCAGGGCCGGGCAGAGGCACUGGCUGGGGCCAUGCCUGACGAGGCUGACGGACACCCAGACACUCGAGAACCAUGGGACUCCCCAGAGGCAGCCCCUAUACCCAGAACACCCCAGAGCCCUACCCCCCGAGUCCUGCUGCGGGUCCAGCGGAGCCUUGAGUCUGAGCCCAAGGAACCCCCGACACCACCAAGCCCCAGGGAUGAGCCCAUCCAGGCGCUCCCUACCCGUGUACCCAAGCUCUGCAUUGGGGACCUGGACUUCUCAGAUCUGGGGGAAGAUGAAGACCAGGACAUGUUGAAUGUGGAGUCUGUGGAUGCUGGGAAAGGCGUCCCGCCCCCACCCCCCCUGCUCCCUGGAGGCCCCCCACCUCCACCACCUCCCCCUCCCCCACCCAUCAAAGGCCCCUUCCCACCACCUCCACCCUUGGCUGCCCCGUUUCCCCCCUCAGCACCUGACGGCCCAGCCCUCCCCACCAAGAGGAAGACAGUAAAGCUCUUUUGGCGGGAGCUAAAGCUGGCUGGGGGCCAUGGAAGCUCUGGAAGCCGCUUUGGGCCUUGCCCCACUCUGUGGGCCUCCUUGGAGCCUGUGUCUGUAGACACGGCGCGGCUGGAACACCUGUUUGAAUCCCGUGCCAAGGAUGUGCUGCCCUCCAAGAAAGCCGGAGAAGGCCGCCGGACAAUGACCACAGUGCUGGACCCCAAGCGCAGCAAUGCCAUCAACAUUGGCCUAACUACACUGCCACCAGUGCACGUCAUCAAGGCUGCCCUGCUUAACUUUGAUGAAUUUGCUGUCAGCAAGGAUGGCAUCGAGAAGCUACUGACCAUGAUGCCCACGGAAGAGGAACGGCAGAAGAUUGAGGAAGCCCAGCUGGCCAACCCUGACAUACCACUGGGCCCAGCUGAGAAUUUCCUGAUGACUCUCGCCUCUAUCGGGGGCCUGGCUGCCCGUCUGCAACUCUGGGCCUUCAAGCUGGACUAUGACAGCAUGGAGCGGGAAAUCGCAGAGCCACUGUUUGACCUCAAAGUAGGCAUGGAACAGCUGGUGCACAACGCUACCUUCCGCUGCAUCCUGGCUACCCUGCUGGCUGUGGGCAACUUCCUCAAUGGCUCUCAGAGCCGCGGCUUUGAGCUGAGUUACCUGGAGAAGGUGUCAGAAGUGAAAGACACGGUGCGCCGGCAGUCGCUGCUGCACCACCUCUGCUCCCUGGUGCUCCAGACGCGGCCCGACUCCUCCGACCUCUACUCAGAAAUCCCCGCCCUGACCCGCUGUGCCAAGGUGGACUUUGAGCAGCUGACUGAGAACCUGGGGCAGCUGGAGCGCCGGUGCCGGGCAGCUGAGGAGAGCCUGCGGAGCCUGGCCAAGCAUGAGUUGGCCCCUGCCCUGCGAGCCCGCCUCACACACUUUCUGGCGCAGUGUGGCCGCCGCGUUGCCAUGCUGAGGGUAGUGCACCGGCGUGUCUGUAACAGGUUCCACGCCUUCCUGCUCUACCUGGGCUACACCGCGCAGGCAGCCCGCGAAGUCCGCAUCAUGCAGUUCUGCCACACGCUGCGCGAGUUCGCACUCGAGUACCGCACUUGCCGGGAACGGGUGCUACAGCAGCAGCAGAAGCGGGCCACGUACCGUGAGCGCAACAAGACCCGCGGACGCAUGAUCACUGAGACAGAAAAGUUCUCAGGGGUGGCUGGAGAAGCCCCCAGCAACCCGCCUGUGCCAGUGGCUGUGGGCAGUGGGCCAGGCCAGGAUGAGGCCAGCAGCCAUGCCAGCAUGAAGAGUCUGCUGACCACCAGGCCUGAGGACACCACACACAACCGCCGCAGCAGAGGCAUGGUACAAAGCAGCUCCCCAGCCACGCCCACAGCAGGACCCUCCACUGCCCCCUCAGAAGAACCACCAGGCUCCAGCGACACAUCAGAUGAGAUCAUGGACCUACUGGUGCAGUCAGUGACCAGGAGCAGUCCCCGAGCCUUAGCUGCUAGAGAACGCAAGCGUUCCCGUGGCAACCGCAAGUCUUUGAGACGGACACUGAAGAGUGGGCUGGGAGAUGACCUGGUGCAGGCACUGGGACUGAGCAAAGCUCCUGGCCUGGAGGUAUGAAGGCGCUGCCUCCAGGAAACCAAUCUGGACCCUGGCCUGCAGGAGCAAGGAGGGCCCAGAGCAGAAUUCUGGUUCCAGGACUCUAUGCCCAGGGGCCAGUGCCUUGAGCAGUAUUAGCUGUAUGUGUGUGAUGUGUGUGUGCUCACGCUCCAGGAACCCGUGGAGCAAAAUAAAGUUUUCCUAGUUAAUCCAAGGGCUCUUU